UGAAAAGCGCAAUGAUUGUGAAAGAUGAAAACUUAAUUGAGUAGAAUCUAUGUCGUCUUUAUAUUUUUUUAAUAAUUGCAAGAUUAAAAAAAUUGACAAUGGAGUCUGAUGAAGAUUUGUUUGAUAACAGUGAUGAUGAUGAAGAAGACUGGAAAACUACGGACUGGGAAAAUUCAAUCAAACCAAAGCAAGAAGAAAAUGUAAGCAGUCCACAAAAACAUGAUAUUUCACAAGUUACAGAUACUUCAACCGAAAAUGUUGCCAAGUGUCCAGAAAACAAACAAACUGAUUCCUUAAUGACAAGAAUGGAAUUAAAUGACCAUAAAGCAGGAAUGGAAGGUCUUGAUAAAGCAAAAAUAAAUAAAAUUAUAUAUGAAGCCUCAAAAGGAUCAAGGUUUUAUGAAAAUGAAAAGAAGAAAGAAGAACAAAUGAAACAACGAAUAGAAGAACAAAGAAAGAGACUGGAAAAUAUAUCAGCUGAACAAUUACAACAAGGAUUAAAAGAGGGAGAUGCCUUACUAGAAGCCCUUGAAGACUCAUUUGAUUUGAGUCGUACUAUCGUACAUGUAGAUAUGGAUGCCUUUUACGCUGCAGUGGAAAUGAAAGAUGAUCCGUCUUUAAGACAUAAACCUAUGGCAGUAGGUGGAAUGAGUAUGCUGUCUACAUCUAAUUAUGUUGCCAGAAAAUAUGGAGUAAGAGCAGCAAUGCCAGGCUUCAUUGCCUUAAAACUUUGUCCAGAUUUGGUGAUUGUUAAUUCCAACUUUGAUAAAUACCGGGCUGUCAGUAAAGAAAUAAGAGCUGUCAUGGCUGAAUAUGACCCCAAUUACUGUCCCAUGAGUCUUGAUGAAGCAUAUUUAGACUUUACAGAACAUUUAAUUUUACGUCAAGAUUCUUCCGAAAAAGACCGAACAUUCUUAACCAAAGAUUGUUCUUCUGAUGACAAUACAUUAUGCAUUUGUGAUUUAAAUGCACAUCUUAGAAAAUCAGUGAUUUUGGGGCAGACAGACAUUGUUAAUGAGCCUGAAAGUGUAUCGCACAAUAUUAUUGAUAGCAAUUCUAAUAAAGCUCAAAAUAAAAUGACUUCAAAUCUGACCAUUGAUGAUGGAAUAGAAGAGGCAGUUAUGAUUUCACAGAAUUCUUCACUCUUCUCUGAUUCAUCUCAAUUAGAAAAACAGAUGUGUGAUAUUUGUCCUGUGUGUAAUAAACCCUACCCACCAUAUGAUAUACGUAUAUUUGGUAAAGAUAUAGAAGAGGCUGUUAAUGAAAUGAGAUGUAGAAUAGAACAAAGAACUCGACUAACAGCUAGUGCAGGCAUUGCACCAAAUAUGAUGUUAUCGAAAGUAUGUUCAGAUAAAAACAAACCAAAUGGACAGUUUAGAAUUUUACCUACAAGAGAUGCCAUACAAAUGUUUAUAAAGGAUCUUCCAAUUAGAAAGAUAUCUGGUAUUGGUAAAGUAACAGAACAAAUGUUAAAUGCCCUGAAUAUUGUCAGUUGUACAGAUUUAUACGAGAAGAGAGCACUUCUGUAUCAUCUUUAUUCUGAUAUAUCAUUUAAUUAUUUCAUGAGAAUUUGUCUAGGUAUUGGAUCUACAACUGUUGAAAGAGAUACAGAGAGAAAGAGUAUGAGUACAGAAAGGACGUUUAGAGAUAUGAGUAAACCAGCUGAUUUAUAUGAGAAAUGUUUUGAAUUGAGUGAAGCAUUGGUUGCUGAUCUAAAAUCAGAAGAAUUAAAGGGAAAGACUGUAACUCUUAAAAUAAAGACGGCAACAUUUGAAGUUAAAACACGUGCCCACACUCUACGUGAUUACACAUGGGAUCAAGAAAUUAUAUUUGCUGCAUGUAAAGAACUGUUACGCACAGAAAUACAAAAUGCUCUGCCCAGACCAUUGGUACUCAGAUUGAUGGGAGUGCGUAUGUCAAAUCUUUUACAUCAGAGUUUGUGUCCAAAAUCUAAACAGAAUACUAUUUCCAGUUUUAUUAAAAAGAUGGUGUGUAAGCCGCUGCUAGCUGCAGCUACCAGUGGUGAACAUUGUACAGAAACUGUAGUUAUUAAUGAUGAAAGCUGUGAAAUCGAACCAUUGCAAAAUCAAGAGAGUGGAAAAAUUCUCAACAGCAAUAUUUCUAACACAAAAUCAGACAUAAGUACUUUUAGUUCUAAAUUAAUGAAAUCCACAUCACCAAAGAAAACUUCACCUAAGAAAACUAAUAAGACAGUUGUAGGUCCUAACAAAGAUAGUUUACAACAGCUGUUUUCUAAAGCUUCAAGAUUUAUGUGUCCUGUGUGCAGUAAAGAGAUUCAAUGCACCACUUUAAAUGAAAUGAAUGGACAUGUUGAAAAAUGUUUAAUAAGUGAAUCAACAAUUUCAUCUAGAUUGGACAAUAUUCAACAUAAACCAGUAGAGCUACCAAGCUUAAACCUUUCUCUAGAUGAAGAAAAGAAACCAGAAAGAAAUUGCUGUGUUAAUGUGACAAUGCCAGAUAGUCUGAAGUCUGCUUCAAAUGAAUCAAAACCCUGUUCAUCCAGUACUUUAAAUGAUGUGGCAAGGGAGACAACUUAUGUCUGUCCUGUAUGUAGUUUAGAAAGAGUUGGUUGUACCUUAGAUGAGUUUAAUUUCCAUGUUGAUUCAUGUCUUAGCCAGGGUGCUAUAAAGGAAAUUUUAAAAGAACAAAAGAAUAUUUGUACAGUCAACCAAAAUGGACUGAAAAAGAAAAGACCAAGUGCAAUUGGUUCGAAAACAGAACCUGCUUCUAAGAAGAGGAAAAAUGAUGGUAGUAAUAAUACUAAAUCCAUAGAUUUUUUCUUCAAAUCUUAGUAUCAUUUUAACAUAAUAUUUAUUAAUUUCUCAGAGAAAUGUAUUUAUAUUAUUCCAUGACAUAGAUUUGUUAUAUCGUUAUUUUUUGAUGAUAUCAGUAUAUGAUAUUGUUAUUGUUUGAUAUGAGUUAUAUUUGUUAUAUUAUUGGUAAUUUUUUAACCGAUUUUAUACACAUAAUGGGGAGCGAAUGCCAAACUACUUACCUAAAAAAAACAGUUUUGAGAAAAGCAAAGUUCAAGAUUUUUUCUGUGAAUAGAAAAAAAACCCCACCAAAUACCAUAUAAUAUUAAAGUAAAGAUGAAUCAUUAGUAUUUUUAUACGCCCACAUUUUCAUGUGGACGUAUUAUGCUGUCGCCCCUGUCCGUCCGUCCGUCCACAAUUGUUUGUGGACUCUCUACAGGUCAGAAUUCUUAUCCGAUUUUGACGAAACUUGAAAUAUAGGUUUAUCCCCAAAAGAUCUUGGCUGCUUUCGAUAUUGGCAUGUAUCGGAUCGACACUUUAUGGAUUAUGGCCCCUGAUUGUACGAAAAAUCAUGUUUUUAGCUUGUGGACCCUAUAGAGGUCACAAUUUUUAUCCGAUUUUUUUAAAACUUGAAAUGUAAGUUUAUAACCCAAAGAUCCGAUUUAAAAAAACGUAUUAUUAUAUCACCGUUACACCCUAAGGAAGGUUGAGGUCAAAUUUCGUGAAAAUCGGCCCAAAAUUGACAGACAAAAUGGCCGCCGUUCGUUCUCAAAUAGCGUAAAAAUAUGGUAUAUCAAAGUUGUGGACCCUAUAGAGGUCACAAUUUUUGUCUGAUUUUGUUGAAAAUUGAAAUGUAAGUUUAUAACCCAAAGAUCUUGGUUCCUUUCGAUAUUCGCGCAUAUCGGACUGUAACUUCCUGAAUUAUGGCCCCUGAUUGUACGAACAAUCACGUUUUUAGCUUGUGGACCCUAUAGAGGUCAUAAUUUUUAUCCGAUUUAAAAAACCGUAUUAUUAUAUCACCGUUACACCCUAAGGAAGGUUGAGGUCGAAUUUCGUGAAAAUCGGCCCAAAAUUGACAGACAAAAUGGCCGCCGUUCGUUCUCAAAUAGCGUAAAAAUAUGGUAUAUCAAGGUUGUUGACCCUAUAGAGGUCACAAUUUUUAUCCGAUUUUGUUGAAACUUGAAAUGUAAGUUUAUAACACAAAGAUCUCAGUUCCUUUCGAUAUUCGCGCAUAUUGAAUUGUAAUUUCCUGAAUUAUGGCCCUUGAUAGUAGGAAAAAUCACUUUCUUGUUAGCUUGUUCUCUAUCCAUCUCUCGAAAAUGUGGGCGUAUCCUGCCUGGCAGCCGCUGGUUCACUAAAAUAUCAAAUUUUUCACAGCUUAGUCUGUGCUAAUAUAUACUUAGAUUGAUUAUUUAACAUUUAAUUACGGUAAGAAAACAAAAUAAAAAUACCACUGCUAGAUAAUGUCCCGACUUGGAUUAAAUCGUAUUUACAACAGGUCUGUCAUUAAAUUUUCUUGGACAACAAAAUGGCAGGGGGCUUAUUACAUAGCAAAGAGCAGAGAUCAGUGAAAUUUUAAUUCCAAAUAUUUUUGUAAAUACUGAAUGAAAAUGAACCAAUUUUGAACUGACAUUCCUGUUCUUGAUUCAUCUUUUACAAUUUUAUAUUUUCUAAGGGAUUAUGUAGCGCUAUAAUGAUGCAUAAGGACUUUAAUGAUAUAGAUAGUAGCUGUAUUUCUAGAAUUUGGCAUGGGAAGAAAGACUUUCUUAUGGCAGAUAGAAUAAAUUUAGAAAAUAAUAUGAUUUCCUUUGCAGAUAACACAGUAUGUAACCGAACUUACAUAAUUAUAGCAGUGUCAAAUUGAUUCAUUUGUCACUUAUAUAUACUGCCAGGAUAUAGUAAUUAUCAAUACUAUGGCAUUGACAGACAUUGGUGUUAAUCAGUUAUUUUUAGAGUAAAAAUACAGAGCUGUGAUAUUUUGGCACAUGGUAGAAUACUAUUUGACAGGCUCACAGCAUUAUGUCAGAAAAUGGUAUUAGGGGAUAUGAUAUUCUGACUAGAACUCAUUGAUAAAGACAAAUAUUUCAAAGUUAAUAUCCGAUUGACUCUAAAUUUAUACACAGUGUUUAAGGUCAUGAGACGAAGAUGUCUAUUCAUUUUCAGCGAUUUUCAAUAAUUACUUCCAGAGUUAUGGCCCUUGAGGCUAAAGUUAAUAUCCGAUUGACUUUAAAUUUAUACACAGUGUUUAAGGUCAUGAGACAAAGAAUCCUAUCGAUUUUCAACGAUUUCCGAUAAUUACUGCCAAACUUAUGGCCCUUGAUCACUUUGAAAAAACUUGUGACGCCCUAGAGGCUAAAGUUAUCAUCCGAUUGACUUCAGAUUGAUAAUUACUUAAUCAGAUUUUAGUGUAUUAUAAAUGUUUCAUUACCCAAAAAAAGUAACAAAUAUGCGACAACACUUGUUGAGUGCCCGUACGAUUUAGCUGCUGGGGGCGUAUGUUUCGUUGCCUGGCAACCUAUCUUUUUGUUUCUAUGACCUAAUAGUUUUCAUUGCUUACUAUCUGCUGGGUUAAAGAUUAUUUUACGAUUUAUAUGAUCAAUGUAAUAUGGAAAUGUAACAUGUAAUAAUUAUAUCUGUUGCCAAUACAUUAUUUA